ACGUAGUUCACCCCUUGCACAUGCGCAGACUGAUUGUGUAUUUUAGUAGCAAUCGUCUCGUAAGAAACAACACAGCAGUGUGUUCUUUAAAGUCUGCGUUAUGUGCGUUAUUUUUACGUGUUUAUCUAUUGGUCAUUAAGGUUUGACAAACUAAACGUUAUUCAGUCAUCGUUUUAUGAUUAACUCGACUCAGUGAACCUUGAAGCUUCUGAUGCUAACUUAUCCUGCUAGUUAGCUUAGCUUGCUAGCUGCUAGGCAGACACGAGUGUGACUGUAAAGUUUUGGUUAAAAAAAAUGUGUAAAAUACAAAUGCCGAGAGUAUUUGUGAAUCAGCGACUAACUGCGGCUGUGGAAGAAAUAUAUGUAGCGUUAUAAACUAAGAAAUAUGGAAGACUACGACAAGGAACUUUCAUCAAAAGAGGAGAACUAGCUAUAACGUCAACUACUGGACGCUGUUUUCAAGAAACAUCAAGUUGUGUUGCACAGAACAGACUUCUGUGAAGAACAUCUUCUACCUAGGUAGCAGGAGGGGGACCACCAGGAUGGACCAGGAGAAACCACAACCCCCCCAUAUUAAAAAGGAAGACGAGGAGCCACAUUCCGCCCACAUUAAAGAGGAAGAUGAGGAGCCCCCUUUCUUUAAAGAGGAAAAGGAAGAACACAACAUCAGUCAGAAUGGAAAUCAUCUUGAAGGAUUGGAGGAGGUUGAUGUCCCCAAGAUGCCAUUGAAUGUUGUCAUUGUGAAGAGUGAAGAUGAUGAGGUCAAAAGUGAAAGUGAGGAGAAAAGAGAGGUGGAGCCUCCAAGCAGCAGCUCAACUCAACACAUGACAACAGAAGAUGAUGGAGACCACUGUGGAGGAUCACAAGCAGACAAGCUCCUAGCUCCACUAUCAGAUAGUGAUGACAUGACGUCACACUCUCCUGACACUGAUGAUGAUACAACAGGUCACACUGACAACACACACUUUGAAUGUUCUCACUGUGGCAAAACCUAUAAUCACUGUCGUGAAAGACCUUUUUCUGGUUCAAUCUGUGAUAAAGGUUUUACACAAAAAAAUAAUUUACAAAUACACAUGAAAAAACCCACUGGUGAAAAACCUUUUUCUUGUUCAUUAUGUGGUAAAGGUUUUACACAAAAUAACCAUUUAAAUAGACACAUGAGAAUACACACUGGUGAAAAACCUUUUAUCUGUUCAAUCUGUGGUAAAGGUUUUACCGAAAAUUGUAAUUUGAAAGCACACAUGACAACACACACCGGUGAAACAUCUUAUUCUUGUUCAAUUUGUGCAAAAGGUUUUACAUAUAAUGUACAUCUUAAAAGACACAUGACAACACACACUGGUAUAAAACAGUUUUCCUGUUCCAUCUGUGGUAAAGGUUUUGCACAAAAGAGUGAUUUGAAAAGACACAUAACAACACACACUGGUGAAAAACCGUAUUCUUGUUUAAGCUGUGGUAAAUGUUUUACACAGAAUAAUCAUUUAAGAAUACACAUGAGAACACACACUGGUGAAAAACGUUUUAUCUGUUCAAUCUGUGGUAAAAGUUUUGCCGAAAAUAGUCAUUUGACAGCACACAUGACAACACACACUGGUGAAAAACCGUACUCUUGUUCAGUCUGUGCUAAAGAUUUUACUCUUAACAGUCAUUUGAAAAUACACAUGACCACUCACACUGGUGAAAAAAAAUAUUUUUGUUCAAUCUGCGCAAAAGGUUUUACACAAAAUAUACAUUUGAAAAGACACAUGACAACACACACUGGUGAAAAACAUUUUUCCUGUUCCAUCUGUGAUACAAGUUUUGCACAAAAUUGUGAUUUGAAAAGACACAUGACAACACACACUGGUGAAAAACAUUUUUCUUGUUCAAUCUGUGCUAGAAGUUUUGCACAAAAUGUAAAUUUGAAAACACACAUGGAAACACACGCUGGCGAAAAGCAUUGUGUCUGUUCGAUCUGUGCUAAAGGUUUUACUCGAAAUAUACUUUUGAAAAGACACAUGACAGUGCACACAGGUAAAAAACCCCUUUCCUGUUCAAUUUGUGCUAAAGGUUUUGUACGAAAAGAUAAAUUGAAAAGACACAUGCGAACACACGCUGGUGAGGAAGUGUGAGUUGCAGUGUGUUUGAUGAAAUAUUCUCUUUUAAAAAAACCGUGUAAGAAAUACAACAGAACAAACAGCAGCAAAUGAAACUGCAGGAUUUUUUAAAAAACUGUCAAAACUUUGAUUUUGUAGCAACAUUUACCACAUACAACGUGUGACAUCAUUGUUGUGUGUCUAACACAAUCUUUAGAUUUUUUUAGAUUAGUGUUUUAUGUAUAUUUUAAGUAUAUACAUUAGUAAACGGCGGUAUAGCUCGGUUGGUAGAGUGGCCGUGCCAGCAACUUGAGGGUUCCAGGUUCGAUCCCCGCUUCCGCCAUCCUAGUCACUGCCGUUGUGUCCUUGGGCAAGACACUUUACUCACCUGCUCCCAGUGCCACCCACACUGGUUUAAAUGUAAUUUAGAUAUUGGGUUUCACUACGUAAAGCGCUUUGAGUCACUAGAGAAAAGCGCUAUAUAAAUAUAAUUCACUUCACUAAACAACAUUGUGUGCAUUUAUUAAAAAAAUAAAUUUUCUUUGAUUGAAAACAUCUAGGCUUCACGGUGGCAGAGGGGUUAGUGCGUCUGCCUCACAAUACGAAGUUCCUGCAGUCCUGGGUUCAAAUCCAGGCUCGGGAUCUUUCUGUGUGGAGUUUGCAUGUUCUCCCCGUGAAUGCGUGGGUUCCCUCCGGGUACUCCGGCUUCCUCCCACUUCCAAAGACAUGCACCUGGGGAUAGGUUGAUUGGCAACACUAAAUUGGCCCUAGUGUGUGAAUGUGAGUGUGAAUGUUGUCUGUCUAUCUGUGUUGGCCCUGCGAUGAGGUGGCGACUUGUCCAGGGUGUACCCUGCCUUCCGCCCGAUUGUAGCUGAGAUAGGCGCCAGCGCCCCCCGCGACCCCAAAAGGGAAUAAGCGGUAGAAAAUGGAUGGAUGGAUGAAAACAUCUACUGACUGAAGCAUCAUAUUGUUUUGAAUACUGCUAUAUUCACAUUUGUGUUCGUUUAAAACAAACCCGAACAAAACAUGUUAGAUAAAAUAGGCUGUAUGUGUAGUUGGUUGGAACUGCUAUGUGUACAUUUGUCAAAUAACCCCACAAAUGCCACAUUUUCAUGCACUCUACUGUGUAUAUGUCACUUUGACUGUGUAAUGUGUGUCAAGCAAAUGUCGCACCAUGGUGUUGAGUGACUCAGAAACAUUAGUAAACGAGUUGAGACUUAAAAAUAUG